AUGCAAUCCUCUGAAAAACGAGAAACAAAUCUGGCUGCACUUGAGCCUGCAUUUAGGGUUAAACAAUUAGCGAACUAUGGAGCGAUGGUUGAAGUAGAUCCGAAUGUACCACCUAGAAGAUAUUAUCGCUCAGGCCUUGAAAUGGUCAGAAUGGCCAAUGUCUAUCUUGCUGAGGGCAGUCUAGAAAAUGCUUAUAUAUUGUACAUGAAAUUUAUGACAUUAUUUUUGGAAAAAAUUCGAAAACAUCCCGAUUAUAGUUUAGUGCCUGCUGAUGUCAAGUCUGUCAACCAAACUAAACUAAAGGAAGUUAUGCCAAAAGCUGAGAAGCUUAAGCAAAAACUACUAGAACAAUAUGCUAAUGAACAUGUUCUUUAUAAAAAAAAUAAGGCAAAGAAAAAAGUUGAAGAAGAGGCAAGGAAGUUACAAGAAAAGGAAGAUGAAAAAUUAGCUCUAAGACUUCAAGCAGAUGAGAAUAAACAAGAUGGGAAUAAACCACAUUUGACACCCACAACUAACUGGGCAGUAAACCCAAGUGCACCACCAGUGGAUGGUGUUUUAUAUCCUGAUGACUUCGCCAGUGAACCACCUAGGGCUCCAGCCCAUCACUAUAGCCCAGUUCCACCACUGAUACCCCCAUCUAAGCCUCUACAGGAUGAAUAUCAAUCAUUGUUGCCAAUGUCUGGUGGUUUACGAACCGUUGUUGUACCGGCAACUUUACUUAGCAAAUUCCUAGUCAUAGCCGCUGCCAACACAGCAAAAAAUAUUGAACUAUGCGGCAUACUGGCUGGAAAGUUGGAACAAAAUCAGUUGAAGAUAACACACGUAAUUGUGCCAAAGCAGACGGGAACAUCGGAUUCCUGCAGCACCAACAAUGAAGAGGAAAUAUUUCACUAUCAGGACCAACAUAAUCUUAUUACUUUGGGAUGGAUACAUACACACCCAACUCAAACGGCGUUUCUCUCGUCAGUGGACCUUCACACUCAGUGUUCAUAUCAGCUGAUGAUGUCUGAAGCCAUCGCGAUAGUCUGCGCACCUAAAUAUAACGAGACUGGAUAUUUCGCGUUGACGCCGGAUCACGGAAUGAAGUAUAUCGCUAAUUGCAGACAGACGGGCUUUCAUCCACAUUCGAAUGAUCCACCCCUCUUUUAUAAUGUAUCACAUAUUAAGCUAGAUAACGCGUCGUCUGUGGAAAUGGUCGAUUUACGGAGAUGA